AUGCAUCGGCACGAAUGGGCCGGAUCGACUGGAGUGAUACCACGGCCUCACAGAAAACCGACGUCAAACAACACUUUCGUUGUAUUUCGUCGUGUGAGUGAAGUUACCAGAGGCCCAAUUUUUUAUUUUGUUUCAUUUAAAAAAAAGAACUUUGCUUUACUCAAUGUUUUCUCCUAUAUCGUGAGAGCGUUUACAAAUGUACAAGUUCACAUACACAUCAUACCUAGACCCGGAACAUCAAUCUGUGGAUCACCCAAAGAGUUUUUUCCGACCCGGGAAUCGAACCUCGUUACACGUUGCCCGGCAGCCGGUUGCCCAGCCACCGCGUGAACCGUCCGAUGUAAU